AUGAGCCCUUGGGGCAUCAGUGAUAGCACAAGCGUGCGCGGCCUGGCGGGGCUGGGAGACGUGUCCGAGCUGCGCAAGAGCUUCAACCGGCACCUGCACUUCACGCUGGUCAAGGACCGCAACGUGGCCACCCCGCGCGACUACUUCUUCGCCCUGGCCCACGCCGUGCGCGACCACCUGGUGGGCCGCUGGAUCCGCACGCAGCAGUGCUACUACGAGCGCGACCCCAAGAGGAUUUAUUACUUGUCUCUGGAGUUCUACAUGGGCCGCACAUUGCAGAACACAAUGGUGAACCUGGGACUGCAGAAUGCCUGUGAUGAAGCCAUUUACCAGCUAGGCCUGGACCUGGAAGAGCUGGAAGAAAUUGAAGAGGAUGCUGGGCUGGGCAACGGAGGGCUGGGACGCCUGGCAGCCUGCUUCCUGGACUCCAUGGCAACGCUAGGGCUGGCAGCUUAUGGCUAUGGGAUCCGCUAUGAGUUUGGCAUUUUUAAUCAGAAGAUUGUCGACGGCUGGCAGGUGGAGGAAGCAGAUGAUUGGCUGCGCUAUGGCAACCCCUGGGAAAAAGCCCGCCCCGAAUACAUGCUUCCUGUGCACUUCUAUGGCCGGGUAGAGCACACCGCAGAGGGUGCGAAGUGGGUUGACACUCAGGUAGUGCUGGCCAUGCCAUAUGAUACCCCAGUCCCAGGGUACAAGAACAACACAGUGAACACCAUGAGGCUGUGGUCUGCCAAGGCACCCAAUGACUUCAACCUUCAAGAGUUCAAUGUGGGCGAUUACAUCGAGGCUGUGUUGGAUCGAAACUUGGCAGAGAACAUCUCUCGAGUCCUGUACCCCAACGACAAUUUUUUUGAAGGCAAGGAGCUGAGGCUCAAGCAGGAGUACUUUGUGGUGGCAGCCACCCUCCAGGACAUCAUCCGGCGCUUCAAGUCCUCCAAGUUUGGCUGCCGUGACCCAGUGAGGGCAUCCUUUGAAACCUUCCCUGACAAGGUGGCCAUCCAGCUGAACGACACCCACCCAGCACUCUCCAUUCCCGAGCUCAUGAGGAUCCUGGUUGAUGUGGAGAAAAUGGAUUGGGACAAGGCUUGGGAGAUCACUCAGAAGACCUGUGCGUACACCAACCAUACAGUGUUGCCGGAGGCUCUGGAGCGCUGGCCGAUCUCCAUGUUUGAAAAGCUGCUGCCACGUCACCUGGAGAUCAUUUACGCCAUCAACCAAAAGCACCUGGAUCAUGUGGCAGCCGUGUACCCUGGGGACGUUGACCGCCUCAGAAGGAUGUCUGUGAUCGAGGAGGGAGACUGCAAGAGGAUCAACAUGGCACACCUCUGCGUGAUUGGCUCCCAUGCCGUCAACGGCGUGGCCAGGAUUCACUCCGAAAUCGUAAAGAAUUCAGUAUUCAAAGAUUUCUAUGACCUUGAACCAGAGAAGUUCCAGAACAAGACAAAUGGCAUCACUCCAAGGCGCUGGCUCCUGCUUUGCAACCCAGGACUAGCAGAGGUUAUCGCAGAGAAAAUAGGGGAAGAUUUCAUAACUGAUCUCAGCCAGCUGAAGAAGUUACUGCAGUUUGUUGAUGAUGAGAUUUUUAUCAGGGACGUGGCCAAAGUCAAACAGGAAAACAAGCUCAAGUUCUCAGCCCAGUUGGAAGAGCAGUACAAGGUGAAAAUCAACCCCUCCUCCAUGUUUGACGUGCAGGUGAAGAGGAUUCAUGAGUACAAGCGGCAGCUGCUCAACUGUCUGCAUGCUAUCACCCUCUACAACCGUAUUAGAUGCAACCCGACCAAAUCCUUUGUGCCGAGGACUAUCAUGAUUGGCGGAAAGGCAGCUCCUGGCUACCACAUGGCUAAGAUGAUCAUCAAACUGAUCACAUCCAUUGGGGAGGUUGUCAAUAAUGACCCUUACGUGGGAGACCGGCUCAAAGUAAUCUUCCUGGAGAACUACAGGGUGUCCUUUGCUGAGAAAGUGAUCCCUGCAGCCGACCUGUCGCAGCAGAUCUCUACAGCUGGGACAGAGGCCUCGGGUACUGGGAACAUGAAGUUCAUGCUGAAUGGUGCCCUCACCAUCGGCACCAUGGAUGGCGCCAACGUGGAGAUGGCAGAGGAGGCUGGUGAGGAGAACCUCUUCAUCUUCGGCAUGCGAGUGGAGGAUGUGGAGGCAAUGGACCAGCAAGGGUACAACGCGAAGAAAUACUAUGAUCGCCUCCCUGAGCUGAGGCAGGCCAUUGACCAGAUCAGCAGUGGGUUCUUCUCGCCUCGGGACCCUGGCUGCUUCUGCGAUGUUGUCGACAUGCUGAUGUACCAUGACAGGUUUAAAGUGUUUGCUGACUAUGAAGCCUACAUCCAGUGCCAGGGCCAGGUUGAUGAGCUCUACAUGAACCCCAGGGAGUGGACCAAGAAAGUGAUCAAGAACAUUGCAUCUUCUGGCAAGUUCUCCAGUGACAGGACCAUCACGGAGUAUGCUCGGGAGAUCUGGGGGGUGGAGCCUUCUGCUCUGAAGAUCCCACCCCCCAACCUCCCCAGGGAAUAGCCUGUGCAAGCUGUUCAGGCCUCAGGUGUUUCCAGGUUUGCACAAAUAAGAUCACAGGCAUUUAACUGCCCAUCACCAGGCUCAAAUCUAUCCAAUAUGGUGUUUUCCGUAGAUAGAGAACGGUGCUUUAUCAUAGGAAUGGGGGGAGAUGCUGGGAGGAUUCCUUGCAGGGGGAAAUUGGAGGAAAGUCUUGAUGGAAAGCACAGAAGGGAAUCCAGUGAUGGACACAGAUAUCAUGUCAUGCUAACCCACCUGCAUGCACUGUGCAUUGCUCUGAACAUGGUGGCAGCCAGCUGGUUGCCCUGUGGCUAUGCCCCACAUUAGACCAAGCGCUUAAUAAGAAGCUUUAGUCACCCCUCCCCCUCAGCCUCCCUCCUGUGUCAUCCUCUGGGAUGCGUGCAGAAACCUCCCGUUGCCAGGCCACGCACCUGCCUCCCCAGCCAUUUUGAGGCAAUGGGCAGGUCCCCUGCCCUGCCCUCUAAAGCAUCCGAGGUGUGGCACUGCCUAAGCUGUGCGGCCUGUUUCUGACGCCACGUGACUCAGCUCCCCAGGCAAGGAAGCUGUCCUGCUCUCUUGUGUCUCAAAGGGGUGUCUCAUUUUGGUGCUGUGGUGGAAAGGAGAUAGAGCCCUCUAGCCAGGAGGAAGAGCUAGGCAUUCUCUUUGUAUUACAGCUAGGAGCCUUGUGGGAGGACCGAUAGCCAUGACCGUGAACAGCAUCCUUUCUCCUGUUCCACUGUUGUUUAGCCCAACAGUGUGUUUUGGGGUGUGGUGAAAGGCAUGUGGCAUGUGCCAGGCUCCAGCAAAGUGCAGCCCUACCCCUGCUCCCAGCAGUGAAGUGUCUGAGGCCCCAUGGACUGAUCCCAACUGAGCAGAGAGUAGCCACCAGCUGCUCAAUAGGGAGGUGCUGUUCUGUGACCUGUCAUGAGCCUGGCGGGGUUGGCUGAUCGGGGGCAGAGGCGCAGCCCAUGGAUUCUACAGGGAGCAGCCCCUGUGUGCCGUCUACCACGGCCACAAGUGCCACGGCUCUUUGGCCUCCUCUGGGGAUCCAGUGUGUGGACAUGCAGAGCUUUGCUCCCUUGCAGGGGUGGGAAGGUACUAACGAACUAGGGACAAAGGCAGAGGGGGAUGCUUGUUCCCAGCUGUGCUGUUAUGACCAUCUCACUUUGCAUUUUGUAAAAAACAUGGGUCCCCAGGUACAGAGCAGUGCCUGCGCGUGACCCCCUCAUUCAACCACAAGAGGCAGCUGAAGAGGCAGCCUUCAUGUUGACAGCUUUUGUCUUGAGCAGCAGUGUUCAUGAGGACCGGAGGCCAGCUUGGUUACUGAAGUAGACUACUGCUGGGCUCGGUGCCCUCUGCUGUGGCCCUGGAAGGCAGGCCCUGCUCUGCAGUCUGCUCAUCCAGCAUUGCUUGAGGCUGCUCAGUACGUUUCAGUUGUUUCCCCUCUGUGAGGAGGUGGAGCUGCUGUUUCUGGGUUUUCCUCACCUUCAGAGUAGCACAUUUUCCCCCAGAAAGCUCUAGUGCCUACUGGCUGCCCAGAGGAACCUGUAGUCACUCCCGGAGCAGGGCUUGUCCUAGUAUGGGACAGCUCUGGACACUGGCAUUCUGCAAGACCCAAGCCUGCUGUGUCAGUGCUACAGCUACAGCUCUGGACAAGGUGGGGGAGUAACAACACCCUUGCCCAGGGAUGGGGGUUAGCCCUUUCCACUGGCGCUGAGAGAAACUGACUGGCUCUUGCUCAGCUCCAGCUAAGCUCUGGACAAGGUCACAUGAGCAUCCUGAGGCAGAAUUGUGCCUAUUUCUGUGCUGGCAGAUGGGCCUGCUUGUGGGAUGUGCCCAGGCCAGAACCUCUAGCUGCAGCUAGUGUCCUCAGCUGAAUUUCCCAGCACAGGAGCGAGGGGCUGUUAGUUGGCUUGUAACUGCCUUCCUCCUGACACCUUCCUCCCCUGCUCCAGAAGCUCUAGAGUUUGCUUGAAGUUGCAAGUCACUAGGCAAAAAUAACUUGUGUGCUGACGGUGGGGACAGCUGGAGCCUGAACCCUGCAGCGUGCAGUGACAAUAGUGUUCAGCUUUCCUGUCUGAGGCUGAGGGGAAGGCAGAGGAGAUGAACUGGGCCUAGAAGAAGGGUCUCCGCCUCCUAGGUCAGGACACUGAAAGCCCCAAGGCUUUGUGUCCCUCUCAUGCACAGGCAACUUUAGUGACUUAUGCUAUAUUAGUCCACAUUGAUCCUAAUUGGCUAAAGUCAGCUGCUCAUUCAGGCUCCCCCCCACCCCCUUGUGGCCAUAAUUUUAAAUUGCUAAUUUUAAAUUUGCCAGCAUGAGAGACCUUCCUGCCUGUCACCCUGUCCAGAGCCAGCAUCCAUCUGCGCAGCACACCCCAGCUCCCUGGAGCAGGGCCCUGGGGGGAUUCGUACAUCUUCUAGACAUACAACUGACAUGUCAGGCUCCUUUGCCUGAAUCGUGCUUUUCCCUGGUCCUAGCUAUAGCACUGCACCCCCACAACAUUCCUAGGGUUACCAAGGCUGGUUGUCCUGAGCUGUUGGGAAGAAACCAUUUGGCUGUUACUGCAUCAAUGCCAUGGAAACUAAUCAGGCAGUGUCUGGUACACGUUCGCUUAAUGCUUUGAUUAAUGAAUCACGGUGCUACACCCAUGGAUACACAUAUGGAUGCAGAGCGGUGGCCUCCCAUUUGCCCAGGGGCAACAACAUGCUUACUCUGGUCAGAAGAUGAAUUUAAAAAAA